AUGGGUACUUCGCAGUUUCAGCAGCUGGAUAAGCUCGGCGAGGGUACUUAUGCCACGGUUUACAAGGGCCGCAAUCGGGAAACGGGUCAGCUGGUCGCGCUCAAAGAGAUCAAUCUCGACAGCGAGGAGGGCACACCGUCGACGGCGAUUCGGGAAAUCUCCCUGAUGAAAGAACUGAAACACGAGAACAUUGUUACAUUGUAUGAUGUGAUUCAUACGGAAAAUAAAUUGAAUCUUGUAUUUGAAUUUAUGGACAAAGAUCUCAAGAAGUUCAUGGAGGUCAACGGCAACAAGGGUGCCUUGGAGUUGGGCCAGGUCAAGGCGUUUAUGUUCCAAUUGCUGAAGGGCGUGAUGUUUUGCCACGAUAAUCGGGUUCUGCAUCGCGAUCUGAAGCCUCAAAACCUGCUUAUCAGUACGAAAGGCGUGCUCAAACUCGCCGAUUUUGGCCUGGCUAGAGCGUUUGGUAUUCCCGUCAAUACCUUCUCAAACGAGGUGGUCACUCUUUGGUACCGUGCUCCCGAUGUGCUCAUGGGAUCACGUACCUAUUCGACAUCCAUCGAUAUGUGGUCUGCCGGGUGUAUCAUGGCUGAGAUGAUCACCGGCCGUCCGCUGUUCCCCGGUGCCUCAAACGACGACCAGCUGCAACGUAUUUUCAAGUUCAUGGGUACUCCCAACGAGCAGACUUGGCCUGGAGUGUCGAGCCUCCCGAACUAUAAUGCCAACUUUUAUGUGUUCCCGCCUCAGGAUCUCCGCCAGGUCAUCCCCCAGCUUGACCAUGUCGGCCACGACCUGCUAGCUCAGCUGUUGCAGAUGCGUCCUGAAGCGCGAAUCACUGCUCGCGAUGCUCUUCAGCACCCAUGGUUCGCAGAGUACCACCAUCUUUACCGCUAA